UCAAUAACACCAGGACCACUCAGUGACAAAAUUAUCAAUCUUGCAAAUGCCCAUGUCAAACUUGAUAAAGAAGCUUGUCGGCUGAAAAACGAGUAUGAUACUCUGUUGGAAAAGAACCAAGACCUUGCAGACGUAAAUGCCAAGCUUAAAUUACAGACAAGAGUGCCCAGCCAAAGUAGUCUGCAGCUCCAACAACAAGUUGCUACUCUCCAACAGCAGAAUAAAAUACUCCAGUGCCAGGUUGAGAAUCUCGAUAAACAGCAGCCUUUAACAAAAAAACAUGAACUUCCUACAAGCCAGUUUUGA